AUGUGCAAGUGUCAUGAAGUGCCGCAUGAUGUGACUGCAGAGAAAAAGGUGGCACAUAAGCAAUGGUUGGAAGAUGAUGAGAAAGCAGCAAGUUCACUACCUGAAGUUGUAUGCAAUCUGCACACUAUUGCUGCUGAAUUUGAAGUUGUUGGUGAAGACACUGUUCAACAGAGCCAGCCUAAUCAAGCUACUGAUGAGAAAAAAAAAAAAUCAGAAGCUGUCAGCCAUGAUGAAAGAACAGAAAGACAGCAGCAGCAGCAGAAGAAGAAGAAGAAGAAGAAGAAGAAGAAGAAGAAGAAGGCAAGCAGCAGCAGCAGCAGCAGAAGAAGAAGAAGAAGAAGAAGAAGGCAAGCAGCAGCAGCAGAAGAAGAAGAAGAAGAAGAAGAAGAAGAAGAAGAAGAAGAAGAAGAAGAAGAAGAAGAAGAAGAAGAAGAAGAAGAAGAAGAAGAAGAAGAAGAAGAAGAAGAAGAAGAAGAAGAAGAAGAAGAAGAAGAAGAAGAAGAAGAAGGCAAGCAGCAGAAGAAGAAGGCAAGCAGCAGAAGAAGAAGGCAAGCAGCAGAAGAAGAAGGCAAGCAGCAGAAGAAGAAGGCAAGCAGCAGAAGAAGAAGGCAAGCAGCAGAAGAAGAAGGCAAGCAGCAGAAGAAGAAGGCAAGCAGCAGAAGAAGAAGGCAAGCAGCAGAAGAAGAAGGCAAGCAGCAGAAGAAGAAGGCAAGCAGCAGAAGAAGAAGGCAAGCAGCAGAAGAAGAAGGCAAGCAGCAGAAGAAGAAGGCAAGCAGCAGAAGAAGAAGGCAAGCAGCAGAAGAAGAAGGCAAGCAGCAGAAGAAGAAGGCAAGCAGCAGAAGAAGAAGGCAAGCAGCAGAAGAAGAAGGCAAGCAGCAGAAGAAGAAGGCAAGCAGCAGAAGAAGAAGGCAAGCAGCAGAAGAAGAAGGCAAGCAGCAGAAGAAGAAGGCAAGCAGCAGAAGAAGAAGGCAAGCAGCAGAAGAAGAAGGCAAGCAGCAGAAGAAGAAGGCAAGCAGCAGAAGAAGAAGGCAAGCAGCAGAAGAAGAAGGCAAGCAGCAGAAGAAGAAGGCAAGCAGCAGAAGAAGAAGGCAAGCAGCAGAAGAAGAAGGCAAGCAGCAGAAGAAGAAGGCAAGCAGCAGAAGAAGAAGGCAAGCAGCAGAAGAAGAAGGCAAGCAGCAGAAGAAGAAGGCAAGCAGCAGAAGAAGAAGGCAAGCAGCAGAAGAAGAAGGCAAGCAGCAGAAGAAGAAGGCAAGCAGCAGAAGAAGAAGGCAAGCAGCAGAAGAAGAAGGCAAGCAGCAGAAGAAGAAGGCAAGCAGCAGAAGAAGAAGGCAAGCAGCAGAAGAAGAAGGCAAGCAGCAGAAGAAGAAGGCAAGCAGCAGAAGAAGAAGGCAAGCAGCAGAAGAAGAAGGCAAGCAGCAGAAGAAGAAGGCAAGCAGCAGAAGAAGAAGGCAAGCAGCAGAAGAAGAAGGCAAGCAGCAGAAGAAGAAGGCAAGCAGCAGAAGAAGAAGGCAAGCAGCAGAAGAAGAAGGCAAGCAGCAGAAGAAGAAGGCAAGCAGCAGAAGAAGAAGGCAAGCAGCAGAAGAAGAAGGCAAGCAGCAGAAGAAGAAGGCAAGCAGCAGAAGAAGAAGGCAAGCAGCAGAAGAAGAAGGCAAGCAGCAGAAGAAGAAGGCAAGCAGCAGAAGAAGAAGGCAAGCAGCAGAAGAAGAAGGCAAGCAGCAGAAGAAGAAGGCAAGCAGCAGAAGAAGAAGGCAAGCAGCAGAAGAAGAAGGCAAGCAGCAGAAGAAGAAGGCAAGCAGCAGAAGAAGAAGGCAAGCAGCAGAAGAAGAAGGCAAGCAGCAGAAGAAGAAGGCAAGCAGCAGAAGAAGAAGGCAAGCAGCAGAAGAAGAAGGCAAGCAGCAGAAGAAGAAGGCAAGCAGCAGAAGAAGAAGGCAAGCAGCAGAAGAAGAAGGCAAGCAGCAGAAGAAGAAGGCAAGCAGCAGAAGAAGAAGGCAAGCAGCAGCAGAAGAAGGCAAGCAGCAGCAGAAGAAGGCAAGCAGCAGCAGAAGAAGGCAAGCAGCAGCAGAAGAAGGCAAGCAGCAGCAGAAGAAGGCAAGCAGCAGCAGAAGAAGGCAAGCAGCAGCAGAAGAAGGCUACGCAUUCCUCUCCAGCAAGCGGCGACGAAGCGCCACUCUUAUGCUUUCCUCUCCACUAGUCGGCGAGGGAGCCUCACUCUUGCCGAAUGCUAAAGAGCUCGAGGGUUUCCUGUCCUGUUAA